GAACAAACUGUGGUUGUAGCAGCAUUCAUUUCCAAUAGGGGAGGCAAUUUCCCUUUCAAAGGAAGCCUAAUUAUUUGUCUCCGCUCUCCAUCCUUAGCCUUCCUGGUACGGCAUGCCUUGAGAGAAAACUGCCUGCCAUGAGGAAAUUGUUUGAUUUUUUGUUUUAUAACUACACAAUUAUUCAAACAGCUGAGAAAGUUAUAGAUGAUCUGCUUUGACUGGUCAGAGAGAUUUGAUCUGCCCAUCAAACACACUGAUACAGUAUAACUGUACCUGUAUGGUCCUGUAAAUGACUCAUUUUACCAAUGUAUUUAUCAAAGUAAACCAUCUUAUAUCUUUAUAUUCCUCAGUACACCACUCCCACACACGUCCUUUACCACACUCUUCAUCUUAGAGUUUCCUUCAAUUCCAAUCACCACUCUCCAUCGUGUUUUCCCCCGGUCUUUCUUUGAAAAAGCGCCAUUGCUUGCUAAUCUGUCAAUCAGAUGUUGUCCUGUUGUGGCGAUGAUGGGGGUCCGUGGCGGUGGGCCGUACACCUCCAGCAGCUCGCAGCUCAGUGCAGGUCGAUGAUUAACCAGGCAGGUAGUGAGUUAAACUGCUGACAGCAGAACCACACUGACAGCUGAUUUGGAAGACAAUGGUCCCGCUCCCUCUACUUAACUUGUCACGGCAGUCAAAGCACCUUCUCCAUUAACUUCUGACAUAUCUGGAAAGAUGGAGGGAAACACUCAUUUAUUGCAUUGCACUCACAAUAUAUAUAUAUUUGGACACGUUCACUUAGCACAAAUACUUAUAAACAUCCUAACAGAUCUAUUUUGGAAGACAAACAGAAGUUAUCAUGCUAUCAAUGAGUAAGUAGAUGUGAAUAUAAAAUGCACAGAACACAUGCAGCAUAAAGAGUCGAAUGGAAUAGAUUAGAAACUUGAGAAAGCUUGUUCUUUGAAAUUCAAAUUAAUGGCAUUAGUGUUUCAUUACAGGUCCAUCAGAGCUUGAAAGUGAAUAACAGUAUAAUGGCAUUAUUAAAGUACUGCAAAUCGUUAUUGUGGUUGUGAAUACUGUGAAUAGCUUGUGGGAAACAUCAGGAGACACUUAAACUGUUUAUCCAGAAGUGAAGGCCGUACAGUUUGCUGUCAGAGCUACAGCAGCACACAACAACGAAACCCAACAUCGCCUUGUCUCUCAGAUUAAUAGUCCAACACUUCCCAAUUAUUAACCGCCCCUGCAGUGUACCAUUCAUAUUCAAAGCUAUUUACCUCCCUCCACUUCCUGUGCUUUGUGUCUUGUGUCUUUACAGGAAGGAAUGGACGACGCUGGCAGAUCUGUCAAUCAAACAGCAGCCCCCAACCACCAGUGGCUGCCCAUAGACAGGCGUCCAUACACCUCCAUCGGCUCCGGUCCCUCCUCAGCUCAAUGAGUAACUAACCUGCAGCGCAGAGUCCUGCUCCCAUUGGAGAGCUGCGCGCUACAGAUCCAGCCUUUCAGCACGACGUCACGGUGCGCUAUAAGGAUAAAGCGCAGGCUGCCUCCAAGCGCAGUCUGCUGGAUACCACUGAGUGGGAGCAAGUGAGAGGCGAGCCUUGAAAUCUCUGCGGUGCAGAGCUGGAAAAGCUGCUUCUCAGCGAAAAUCAGACGCCCUAUUUACUCUGCCUAUUUGCUCCUAUUAUUUUUUCCUGGCGAAAAAAAGGACUAACAACCAAGAAGUCGCUACGAGGACUGGUGCCCGUAUCAGCGAACAGUGGUAUUUCCUUUAUUAUUAUUAUUUAUCUUUUUUCUAGUUUUAUUACACUUCUACUGAAGGGACUGAGGUAUUACUUUUGCCCUGAGACGCAUUGCUUUCUACCUCUCGUCUGGUCUCUCUGCCAGAUUAUCCCAACAGAAGUAGGCUAUAUGACGCAAACCGUGUGCAGAGCAUUACUGUGAAAGUUUUCCUCCACUACUUUUUUUUUCAUUUUCCCUUUUUUCCACCGAUCGCACGGUUUUUCAUGCUACAGCAAGUCUGUGCACAGCGGUGGAGGACCCAGACGAACUAUUGCAUGAAACAAGAAAGGAAAGAAGAGGCGCUGAAAAAAAUCUGUUUUGGUCACGCUCGCAAGUUCCUUUGCAAAUCUGCAAAAGAGUCGCAGCAUGAGUACAGAGAUGAGCAUGGGCCCGGAGCUACCCAGCAGCCCUCUGGCUCUGGAAUAUGUAAACGAUUUUGACCUGAUGAAGUUUGACGUGAAGAAGGAAGGUCUGGCCGGGCUGGAUCGCAACGGGGUUCGCCAGUGUACCCGUCUCCAACCGCAAGGCUCGGUGUCGUCCACCCCCAUCAGUACACCCUGCAGCUCAGUGCCCUCCUCGCCCAGCUUCAGCCCCACAGAGCAGAAGAGCCACCUAGAGGAGCUGUACUGGAUGCCGAACAGCGGGUACCAACAGCAGAUAGACCCACAGACCCUCAGCCUGACCCCGGAGGACGCGGUGGAGGCCCUGAUCGGUCACCCUCCGCCUCCGCAUGUCCAACAGCAGCUGCAGCAGCAAGGCGGCUUCGAGGGUUACAGGGGCCCGCAUCACCACCACAGUCACCACGGCCAGCAGCAACAUCACCAGUAUGGCCCGGGGGGCAUCCCGCACCACACCGAUGAACUGUCCGGGCACCCGGGCGGACACAGCCACCCACACAGCCAGCAUCACCUUCACCACAGCCAGGACCCCGACAGCCCGUCCCCGGAGUCCCCAGACUCCCUCCAGUCGCUCCAUCACCACCGCCACCACCAUCACCACCAUUCGCACGGCCACCUCAGCCAGUCUGGGGGGCAUCACGGCUCCGGGCUCAACGUGGAGGACCGCUUCUCCGACGAUCAGCUGGUGUCCAUGUCGGUGAGGGAGCUCAACAGACACCUACGGGGCUUCACCAAGGACGAGGUUAUCCGCCUGAAGCAGAAGCGGAGGACCCUGAAGAACCGGGGCUACGCUCAGUCCUGCAGGUACAAGCGGGUGCAGCAGAAGCACGUGCUGGAAAUCGAGAAGACCCAGCUGAUCGACCAGGUGGAGCAGCUGAAGGCAGAGAUCGGCCGGCUGGCGAGGGAGAGGGACGCCUACAAGCUCAAGUGCGAGAAACUCUCGGGGUCAGGGGCCAAUAACGGGUUUCGCAAGGCUGGCUCCACCAGUGACAACCCGUCAUCUCCAGAGUUUUUCAUGUGAGUUGUCAUAGCCUUUUCUUGUGAACCCCCUCACAACAAACUUUCCCCUCCCCAACUUUCCUUUCUCCACAAAAGACUGACUGGCUGAACAAACGAAACAUAGUCCACACCUCCCAUACUGUUUAUGAUUAUACUAAUAACAGUAACAAUUAUAUUCAUAUUAGAAGAAUAAUCCAUCGAAUAGUAUUCUCAUAUAUAAUCAUCUCUCCAUCCACAACUGAGAUACAAAGAGCAACGUAGAGUGUCUGAUCAGUCGCAGCAUCUUUGUAGAUUAGUUGCUUGUAGUGAAGAGACUUUUUUUCUUCUUCAAAGAAGAGGAUCGGCUGAUGAACAUUUCUUUCCCUCCUUUGAGGCUACAGCUUUGAAAUAAUCUGUAAAUAGUGUGGGAUGGCGUCGAGGCCGUUGUCUCCUAAUUUUGUUCUCCAAAAAUGAUGACAUUGUUAUGAAACAACAAGCAGGCCUGGCCUCGCAGCCUGCAACACACACGAGACUCACAUUCGACAAGUGGGCCCGUAAUCUGAGAAAAUCUCCAAAAGCAAGACUCCACUUUAUGCAAAUUUAACUUCUGUCUACUAGCCCGUCACGAGGUGACAUUUUAUGCAACAUCUCAUUGAUUUAUUGCCUGCUUGGUUAUAUUCGAAUAUAUAUUGAAACAAAAAAUCUGCAUUAAAUAUUAAUCCUGCAUGCUGGACAUGUACGGUAAUAAUUUCUAUUUUGUACUUUCAUCUUCUCGUGUAUAUUAAGAGCAUGUUUUUGAUCUGCGCUUCUCCAUAGUGUGGGGGGUUUAGAGAAAUGCAGCGGGGACAGAACAGCAGGACUGCCGGUGCAGUAUCAUAUGGUGUGGGUUUCUUUGGGCUUGUAAAUAUUAUGCAACCGCAAAAACUGCACAACAAGAUUGAGGAGGCUGGUUUGAACUUCUUUCUUUCUUUGUGUUUUUAUUUCAUUUAUUUUUUAUGAUUUUGUUUUUCAUAAUUUGGGGUAUUGAUUGAGAGGAGUGCAUUUCCUUAUGUGGCAUUUAAAUACAACAACAUCUGUGUGUCAAGUGCACUUUUAGAUGAUGAUUUGCCAGUUUUCAUUUUGAAGUUUGUGCGGACCUCCCUCCAGGAAGACAUACUAUGAUAUUAUAUCGUGUUUUAUUCAACUCAGGCCUACGUGCAAAGUUUAAAAGUAAUAUUUGGAAACAUGUUCUGCGAGGCUGGGGAGACAAACGUGUGGUCACAAUAUUAUUGGACCCAGAUUGCACAGAAUAGGCGCAUAAAGGCGAGGUUACAAGUUUUCUACAUACUGUUUAGCACAUACAAAGUGGGUUGAUGCUCUCUCAUUGUAAUUCAUCGUGGUUGUUGUGCCACUAAUUCAGAAAAGUGCUGUUCUGCCUUUCAUAUUAACUCUUUAACGAACCACAUCAAACCCAAACAAAACCUCUCAUUCCGAUUGGCGGCCACCUGUAGCAUUUUAUCACUCGGCCUAAUAUUGAUGAUUUAUAUUUGUAAAAAUAUUAAGUAAAAACAACUUGUCAGGGGUUUUUUGUAGAGUUAAUAUUUAGAUAGCGCGAGCAUUUUUUUAAACAAAGUUUAACUAUUAAUGUUCUAUGUUUUCCUGAUUUUUUUCCUGCCGGUCAGUUAAAAAGGGGAUUCAGGUUGUGCAAAUUCUCAAAAUGAAAACAAUGUCUAUGUUAUGUAAUGUUUUAUGUCUGUUUUAUUAUUAUUUGAUGAUUCUGGUUCUGCUGGCCAGAUGCAUAGUUAAAGUUUUUAUUUUAAUGAUUUAAAUUAACAAACUGUCAGAUCAUAUCGAAUAAGCAUGGUGCUUGCAUUUGAAACUAUUGUUGAAAAGUCAUGCAUUUAACAAUCUUUGGUUUGUUACUGAUUCAACUGUGUUGAAAUCGAAUUGAAACUGCAGCAGCGGGUUGUUGUUUUGUUUUCACCUAUUCCAUGUACUUUGCGAUGAUGGGGAUCAAUUUUCAAUCCUGUUUGUAUAAAUAAUAGUUAAACACUUACAUUUGAACUGUUCCAUUCAGGCUGGUUUCUGUUUUGUGUUAUUUUCGGUUGUUUUUGGAAGAAAUUGUUUCCUAUUUUGCUUAUUAAAGUCAUUGAAAUGGCAAUAA